GUGUGUGUGUAAGAAUGUUUGCUUUUUGUUCAUGUAGGUCUUACUGUUGUUGCAGAUUAGUCAUUUUAUAGGAAAUUAAUUUUCAAUUAAAUUGUUUGUCAUUUAGUAAAAAUAAUUUGAGGGAGUGCCUGAGCAGACCUGCAGCUUUGUGGGACUUUGACAAACUGAACGCUGCUUCUCCAGGGUUAGUUUGACAGGAAGCCAGUGUAAAGACCUGAGAACUGGAGUCAUGUGAUCCACUUCCUGGUCCUAUGAGGACUGCAGCGUUCUGGACCAGCUGAGCUUUCUGAUAAAAUCCUCUAAUCCUUGAUCUAUUCUUAGGUGACAGUAGGCUGGUUUUGUAACUGUCUUGUCAUUUGUUUUUCAGAAAUGUCAAUACCAAAUAGAUGUCUUUGUAAAAUAGUUAUUUAUGUCCCUUUGAAAAAUACACUUUUCUAAACUCCAUUGAGUUCGUCCUUCUGAUGUAAGACAUGCAGGUGGUAGUUGACAUCUCUGAGCUUCUCUUGGUGGGUUCACGAGUGGAGGAUCUGCCCUUUACCACUUCCUGAACUAGCCAAGAGGGAGCUGAUAUUUAUAGACCUCAGACUUCUCCCCCCAGAAGUAAAACAUUCAAGUCAAUAGUCCCCAUUCAGGAGCAUUGGGCUCCACGUUGAAACAAUAAACUCUGCAUGUUUUGGUGUUCUAGCUGCAUCUAAAGCUCUUUCCUUCUGUGAUACUUGAUGUCCUUCCACUUUGAAUGCUGCAGUGGUUGAUGGAUUGAUGUCCUCAACAUACCUGGGAAUCCACAGGUAUUAUUCCCAGGGAAUAGAAGCCAUGCCUUAACUCCCACUGUUUGACACGUGAUCCUCUGGGAGAAAGUAAUGGUUCUCUAAUGCUACGGUACUGUUUUUGUACAAGAACCCUAAGAUAUAGCAAUACAGCAAAGCUUUGAUUGGAAGCUCUCGGCAAAAUACGAGACAGGAUUUACAUAAUAUUACACACAACAACUCAUUUUUGUUUGACUCCAGUCGCUUACCUGAGACUUAGCAGUUAACAUUUAACUCAUACACAAAGCACAGCACAUCCCAGCAUGCUGCAAACUGUUGUGGAAGAUUUUGCACAGAUAAUUGUUAAUUAAGAAUAAAAGCUCUGAGUCAAAUAUGUCUCUCCGGUUAUUUCCUUGUGAGGGAAAAAGGUCCCAACAGCUUGGUGCUCAGUGGACUGCCAAGAACCUUCGUCUGGUCACAACAGGGCACUUCUUCUCCCUGCAGGGGGCCUCAGAACCAACUGUCUCCACAGCCAGGAGACUGGCGUCCUAUCAGUGUGAGACACUCCAGCUCAAGUCUUUUCAUGGCUACAGCAUCCCAGCACUCUAUCUAUAGUCUAUAUCUACAUUACAUGUUAUUUUUUAUACAUGUUAUGUUAUAUUUUAUAUCUAUAUCUAAAUCAAUCUAUAACCUUGUUCGUUCAAUGAAACAUUGAGGGUUACAUACAUGUUUACCAUGACAAAACACAUACACAAACACAGCAUGUGAUUAGCAUACACACACACAAUAACUCUUCAAACCUAAUGUAUCUAAGCCGGCAGGUAAAUGACCAAUAUAUACAAUAGUGGUUGGUACCCAACCAGAGCUCCUGUACCUUUUGAUCGUCCCUUUUACCGUAAAAACGCAAACACUGUUUUCUUAUUUUUCGGUUGAAACCAAAAGCUGUAAAACGAAAGUGGGCAGUCGUUUUUUUGUUUUAGUUUAGAACCAAAAAAUGAGACGAACUGACAACUUUUUCGUUAAUCCCUUUUGUGGUUUUGCCCAUAAAACGAAAAUACGAAGCGUAGCCGCUAAACCGGUACGUAAGUACGUUGAUUUCCACAGUAAGAAUCAACGCAAUGAAAGGUUUGUAAGCUAGAAAUCCGUCUGCGCUGCCUCCCCCUGACGUAUUAAACCUUUUAACUAAUACACAUUUUAAACAUAAAAACAUUAAUUACACCGUAUUAACAAUAUGAAUUGCGCCUUAUUACAAUGAUAAUAAACAUUUAAAAGAAAUACAAUCAUUUCAGAAUACGAGCAAAUUUCCCAUGUGUUACCUGUACCUGUCAUUUAUGAAUAGCAGCAGGCUCAAAUAGAUUUCACCAUUCCUUUCAUACUAACUUUAAGGUACACAUUAACUUUGGAAAUAGAACAUAUGAUCUGGCUUUUCAGCACAUCAAAGGUUGAACCAACAAACUGGGGAAGUCACAAUGUUUUUCUUCCUCUCACAGAACAGCGUGGAACAUCUUGACUGUUUGGACCUUUUGAAAUGUGUCAGAUAUGCUCCUCUACUUUAAAGUUGUCAUUACUGAUUCAUUGUUUUGAUAACUUUUAGUCCAGGUUUAUUUUGUUGUUCCUUUUCUUAAAGUGACUGGUUUCUUUAGAACAACAUGACCCUGUAGAGGCUUCGGGUUGGUGGCGUGCAGUGGUCUGAAUGGAAGCUGUUAGAAGGAUCAAUGUUGAUGUUAUUAUCUCUUCCGGGAGGAUCAUGUGAUUGAUCACAUGAUCCUCCUGGCCAGUCAUAUAAAUUAGUCACAUGUUCGUAAUUGAGUGUCUGAGUCCGUCCAACCUAAAUUUCCGGUGCAUAAUAUUUUGCGUCUGCAUGUUAAAACUCUCUUUGUUGUGGUGACGCAUUUCAAAUAAAAGCACUGCAGGGUUGAUUCUCAGUGACUUCCAGCAGGUAAACUGACGAUGAUCGUUCCUCAGCAUCCUGCCUCUACCAAAGAGCGGAUGGUAAUUGGAUUCAGGAGUUCCUCAAAAUGGUCCUUCUACCCCCCAAUAACCCCGUCUAGUCCCAUCCGUACUGUGUUGCUGGAAGGAUUUCUAGAACCUUGGUGCCGACUGAAAGUCCUUCUCCAUAGCUACUCUAAGCUCCUCCCACACUGCUUUGCCAGUGUAAUCCCCGGAGAACUCCUUCUUCUGUCAAAUGUCUUCCCUGACCACCAAUGUCCACCACUGUGUUUUAAGGUUACCGCCCCUUGAUGCCCCAUGAGGCCAUGAAGUUUUAAACAUCGACCACUCUGGUUCAAUGCCACCCAGUCUAAAAUCCUCCUCCAGACUUAUAAUGAUUAAACAAUCAUUAUAAAAAAGAACAUUUAACAAGAGUAUCAGUAAAUUGACUACCGGUGUAAGCCAAGGAAUGUUUGUAAAGAUGGAAACAGAUGUUCCCAGUUCACCUGCACUAAGUCUUCUAAGUCUUCCCCCAUCUCGUGACCCAACUCACCACCAGAUGAUGAUCAGUUGACAGCUCUGGCCCUCUCUUUAGCCCAAUGUCAAACUCUCUCCAAAAAGAGAAAAGUGGACAAGUAACAAGUAAAGCAUUUAAUCCCGAAUGGACGGACUCGUUUCUGUUCAUACUUCCCACUGGGAGCACUAAACCAGUGUGUCUCAUAUGCUUGUAUUAAAAGUGCACAUGUGAAACAGCAUCAUGAGGCACAAUGAACACCUGGUGCAUUCAUGCCCAGGUUUAAAAUCCAUCAUGUCCCACUGAGCAAACAUGUGAUAUAUUCUAUUAAACUGUUAAAAUGUCCAUCCAUCCAUCUUCAAACUGCUUAUCCUGUACUCAGGGUCGCGGGGGGGCUGGAGUCAAUGAAGCCAACUUUGGGCAAGAGACAGGUUUCACCUUGGAUCGGUCGCCAGCCAAUCGCAGGGCAACACAGAGACAAACUACCAGUCACACUCCCAUCCACUGAGAGGACGCAGCUUGAAUCCUCUGUGUUGGACUCGUGGUCAGUGGGAGGCGGCUUGUUGGCGUCCGUGCAGCUUAAGUCAUGCCAGGUGUGUUCCUGUCUUGGGAGAUGAAGCACCUGUGGAACGCUCACUUCCUGCUGCUCAUCCUCCUCCACCUGUUAGGAGGAGUUGCAUCACAGGUGAAUCCAGGGGUUUGUCGUUAUCCUCUGGGGAUGUCUGGAGGACAGAUUCAGGACGAGGACAUUUCUGCCUCCAGCCAGUGGUCCGAGUCCACUGCUGCUAGAUACGGCAGGUUGGACUUCGAGGAGGGCGAUGGAGCCUGGUGUCCUGAGGACUCCGUGGAGCCAGACAGCCUGAAGGAGUUCCUGCAGAUUGACCUUCGCUCGCUGCACUUUGUGACCUUGGUGGGGACUCAGGGUCGAAACGCCGGCGGCAUCGGCAACGAGUUCUCUCAGAUGUACAAGAUCAAGUACAGCCGGGACGGGAGCCGCUGGAUCUCUUGGAGGAACCGGCAGGGCCAGCAGGUGAUCGAGGGGAACAGGAACGCCUAUGACAUCGUCCUUAAGGACCUGGAGCCGCCCGUCAUCGCUCGCUUCGUCCGCUUCAUGCCCGUCACGGACCACCCCAUGAACGUGUGCAUGAGGGUAGAGCUCUACGGCUGUGAAUGGCUUGAUGGUCUUGUGUCGUACAACGCUCCAGCAGGAGAACAGAUGAGCUUACCUGCUUACUUCAACGACUCUGUCUAUGACGGAGCUGUGAUACACAGUAUGACGGAGGGCUUGGGUCAGCUCACUGAUGGCGUGUGCGGCCUGGAUGACUUCACUCACAGUCACGUCUAUAACGUGUGGCCCGGCUACGACUAUGUGGGCUGGACCAACGAGAGCUUCCCCGCCGGAUAUGUUGAGAUCAUGUUUGAGUUUGACCGCAUACGAAACUUCACCACCAUGAAGGUCCACUGCAACAACAUGUUCUCCCAACACGCCAAGGCCUUCCGCCAGGUGGUGUGCUACUUCCGCUCUGAGGCGGACUGGGAGCCCACGCCACUCGUCUUCAUUCCCAGGGAGGACGAGCAGAACCCUGGCGCCCGCUUCGUCACAAUCAACCUUCUCCAUCACAUGGCCAGCGCCAUCAAGUGCCGGUUCUACUUCGCUGACGCCUGGAUGCUGUUCAGCGAGAUCACCUUCCAGUCAGAUACUGCCAUGUACAACACAACACUGGCUCCCCCCAAGAGCGGGUUGCCCCCCAACAUACAGCCGGAGGAGGACCCCACUCACAAAGUAGAUGACAGCAACACACGGAUUCUGAUUGGUUGUUUGGUGGCCAUUAUCUUUAUCCUUGUGGUCAUCAUCGUCAUCAUUCUUUGGAGGCAGGUGUGGCAGAAGAUGGUGGAGAAGAGUGAGACGUUGGCUUACACCCACAACCAGGCGAGCACAAGCAGUGAGCAGGAGUCUAACUCCACCUACGAGCGCAUCUACCCCCUCGUCCCAGACUACCAAGAGCCGUCGCAUAUCAUGUGUAAGCUGCCAGAGGAGCCCGCUUCAAGCAGCACUGCAGCUUCUAAAGCCACCACAACUAUCUUCCAAGAAGGCGCCCCUCACUACGCGGAGGCUGAUAUUGUGGACCUGCAGGGCGUGACCGGCAGCAACACCUACGCCAUCCCCGCGCUGGUGAUGGACCUCUUAUCAGGAAAGGACAUUGCCGUGGAAGAGUUUCCUAGAAAGCUGCUCACAUUCAAAGAGAAGCUGGGAGAGGGCCAGUUUGGAGAGGUGCACCUGUGUGAGGCAAAGGGAUUGCAGGAGUUCAUGAAUAGGGAGUUUUUAUUGGACAUCCAGGAGGAGCAGAACGUUUUAGUGGCUGUGAAGAUGCUCCGUUCAGACGCAGACAAGAAUGCAAGGAAUGACUUCUUGAAAGAGAUAAAGAUCAUGUCACGUUUGAAGGACCCCAACAUCAUUCGCCUGCUGGCUGUGUGCAUCUACAGCGACCCCCUCUGUAUGAUCACUGAGUAUAUGGAGAACGGAGAUCUCAACCAGUUCCUGUCCCGCCACGAGCCUGAGGGGCACCUGGCUCUGGUCAGCAACGCGCCCACGGUCAGCUUCAAUGACCUCAGCUACAUGGCGGCUCACAUCGCGUCAGGUAUGAAGUACCUCUCCUCGCUGAACUUUGUUCAUCGAGACUUGGCCACGCGGAACUGCCUGGUGGGAAAAAACUUCACCAUCAAGAUAGCUGACUUUGGCAUGAGCAGAAACCUGUACAGUGGGGACUACUACCGGAUCCAGGGCCGGGCGGUGCUCCCUAUUCGUUGGAUGUCAUGGGAGAGCAUCCUUCUGGGUAAGUUCACCACAGCCAGCGACGUGUGGGCCUUCGGAGUCACCCUGUGGGAGAUCCUGAACUUCUGCAAGGACCAGCCCUACUCGCAGCUCAGCGACGAGCAGGUGAUUGAGAACACGGGGGAGUUCUUGAGGGACCAGAAGAGACAGAUCUACCUACCUCAGCCCGAACUGUGCCCGGACUCGCUCUACAGGAUCAUGCUGAGCUGCUGGAGGAGAAAUACCAAGGAGCGGCCCUCCUUCCAGGAAAUACACAGAUACCUCCUGGAAAUGCAUCCGUAGGCCCGGGCCACGUCUCUGACAGGCAUUCCCAGGAGGCUCGUCUCUGGAGGGAAAGUCAAGAGUGGACACUGGUUCAAACCCCGCCCCCCCAGGUCCUGAUUUCAGGAGAGAAGGAACAGGAUGAGAGGUUCCUGUUAGGUUUGAGCUACCAUUUGGAGACACUGAUCCAUGAAGCAACUCUGCAGAGACACAUAUUGUAAGACAGGUAUUAUUAGGAAUGAAUCUAUUGUGGUGUGAUGCUUGGAACACGCACAGACGUAAUGAAGAAUAAAUGUAGCAGGUGACAUUCGGCACUUUUGAAAAUGUAUUUUGAAUUAAUUUUCAUUUUUCUGUUUUGUUGAUAUAUUUGUGGAUUAAUAUUCUCUUUAAGUUUACUUCAUGGCAAACAUUUUGGAUCCAAGCACCAAGUAUUGUCUUGCGUUGAAUACAUCACAACAUAUCAGGGCCCAGAAAACCAGGAGUUUUUAACAGUAAAAUGGCAAAUAAACUUAAAGGAAGAGCAUCGCUGAGGAGAUGAUGAACCAUAUGAGGAGAUAAUAUGUGUAUUUGAAUAAUUUCUGUCGAGGAAGUGAACGUAUUGUUCUUCUUUUACUUUGUUCAGUCUGUACGUUCAUCACAGUCUGUCCAUCCCGGUGGAGGAGCCUCCUCUGUCUCUAACGGUUUCUUCCCUUUAUUCUCCCCAUCGAAGGCAUUUUCAUUGUUUGGGGAGUCUUUCCUGUUUCGAUGUGAGGGUUUCUGGACAGAGGAUGUCGCAUUACAGUCAAGCCCUCUGAGGCAAAUUUGCGAUAUUGUGCCAUACAAAAUUAAAUUAAAUGAAUCAUAUAACCAUGGAAAAAACUGACAGGGGCCUGCGAGGUCUACAAGCCCAACAAAGUAUCACACACAAGUCAACGUCAAAUGCCUGAGUGUUGAUAAAAUAUAGGCUCAUCUAUUGUUCAUAAUCAGACAUUUGAUCAAUUGAAGCAGUGAAACAUCCAGAAAUUUAUUAAACGCCAAAUAAACGAACAGAACUUUACGAAUAGCACAACAUGCAGCUGCUUUCCAGGUGUUCUCUAUCGGGUGCCGUUUGUAAAAUAUCGCACGUUCUAAAAUCCUGCUCAGUUUUGGUACAUUUAGCUAAAUCAUAUUGUUUGUUGGAUUCUUUGUAUUACAGCUUGAACUUCAAAUGUAUUUAGCGGUUCCUCCAGCCUAUUGGAGGCUUUGCAGAUUAGUUUUUUUUUAUUACAUUCUAUGUUUUUUAUACUUGGUAAACACUUGUUUUUUUACAUUGACGGGCAAAAAACAAAUAAAAUGUCAA